GGAAGUGAACUGGGAAGGCACCGGAAGCAAAUAACAAUGUCGUCUCGUUUGCGGAAAAGAAGGAAUCCAAAGGCCAAAGAAGAAUUUGAGAAAGAGUCUGAUGUAGUUUCAGAAAACAAAGAAAAAAGGUUGUCCGAAUCUGAAAAAUCUGAUGCCGAGAGUGGAGGCAAAUCUUCUGAUUCUGAAUAUGAAACAUUAGAGGAGGAAACAGCCGAUGAGUAUUCGGCGGAAUUUACUGAUGAGGAUGAGGAAGUCGUUAAUGAAGAGCGGCAGAGUGGUGAUGGUGAAGAAGAACCUGAGUCUUCGGCCAAACUAGACGAUGAUGAGGAUAAAAAGAAUCCAGCAUAUAUACCUAGAACUGGUUAUUUUUACGAGCAUGACGAUAGGAAAGAUGAGGAAGUUGAGGAAGACGAUAAAGAGGAGGGUGAAAAACGGGCCAAAGAAAAAGGGCAAUUGUGGAUAGGUAAGACGAAAUGGGAACAUGACAGAUUUAGAGAGGAUGAACAAGCUCCGAAAUCAAGAACACAAAUAAUUGCUAAGUACGGUUAUGACAUUCGAUCUAAUAAUGAACCACCCCCUUCACCACCUGCUUCAAGUAACGGUAGGGAAAGCGCAGAUACAAAAAAGCCUUCGAACAGGAGUCUUGGCGAUUUUAUUCCCAGGGGAAGAUUUAGAGGAGGCAAUGAUCGACCAGGAACAAGCAAUAGCCGGAGAAAUAAUAAUCGUUAUUGGUAUGGAGGAGAAGAUAGUUAUACAUACGACGAAUUUCAACCAAGGGGAAGAGGAAGGGGUCGCGGCAGGGGUAGGGGUAGGGGUAAGGGAAAUCAUCAAUCUAAUAAUAGGCAACCGAAUCGUCGACCUAGAUCCUAUCAAGGAGAAUGGAAUUCGUUCAGGGAAGAGAAUGAUAGCAAUUAUAGAACAAGUUCGAAGUCGAAGUAUUACUAUAAGCAGAAAGAUGAAGAAGUUUCCAAAUCUAAAAGAGAAAAUAAGAAUAGUAAUUUUGAGCCUGAGAGGUUGAAUAAUAGAGGUGACCACAAUCACCAACAGCAAACUGUAAAACUUGAAGAGGAAUCUGAAACUAAUUCUGUCAAAACUAAAUCAAAAGCUAAACGAUACACAAGACAGAGACUGAAAAAAGACGAUAAAGGAUCUUCUGCAGAACAGGAAGCUGAUAAAGAUACAGUCCAAGAGAAUGACAAGGUGGAGAAUGGAUCAGGAGCUAAAUCGAAAGGAAGUAAUGCGAGUCAGUAUGUUCCUAACUUGGCUCCUAGGCACCAGCGACAAUUGAUACAAAAACAGCAGCAGCAGCAGCAGCAGCAGCAAAUAUUUUAUAAUCAAGUGAACACUCCGCCGGUUGCUACAGGUUUUCUUGAUCGGGGUAUUCAUCCAGCUCCUUCGGCUGCUCCGGGCACUGCUCACCCACCUAUUUUGGUGCCGGUACCAAAUUUACCAAUUCAGCACUCGCCCUAUGUUCUUCCUCCUCAUGGUCAAAACAUAAUACCUUAUACUAACACCGUUCAACCAACCGUUUUGCCUCAGACCGAGCCACCAGAUAGCGGCGAACUAGGAACUGUUCAUAGGGGAACUACAUAUUACGCUGCUCCACCUAAAGAACGAGUUCGUGGAGGAACGACUUACUAUUCACCUGUUCCACAGCGAACAGACUCUUUUAGAACGCCUAUUCCCAUACUCAGUCCAGAGAACAAGCCAGCUGGAGAGGCAGAAAAAGAGCAAUCUGACCCGCAAGAGUCCUAAUCCGUAAUUGUAAUAAUUUUAUUUUUCUUAAAAAUUGAUUCCCUCAUUUGUUUCUGAAAAUUAAAAAGAGAAAAAGAGGACAAACUAUUAAUGACAAGUGUAUUUUGUUCGUGUAUACUUUUAUUUAUUUUUUCUCAUUUGUUAUUGUACUUUUUUGUAAUUAACUACAAAAAAGUACUUGAUUUCGUCCGAAUUUUUAGACAAUUGUAUAGUUUUCAUAUUUACAAAACGAAGAUUUAAAAUAUUCAAUUCUAUGGCUCUUGUUUUUUUUCUUUUUUUAUUUUAUUUAAUAUUUCCUGCUAAGGUAUGGGCCGUCCUCGUUUGUCAACAAUAAGUUUCUUUUUAUUUGUAUCAGUGUAAAUUUUGUAUAGAAAUAAAAGAUUCGAUUAUUUAU